UCAUUCUUCUCCUUGUUUUUAUCCUUGUUGUCCUCAUUCUUCUCUUCCUCCUUCUCCAUGUUCUUUUCCUUGUUCUCCUUCUCCUUGUUCUCCUCAUUUUCCUUCUCCUUGUUCUUGUUUUUCUUGUUCUCCCUGAUCUUCUCUUCAUUCUUCUCAUUCUCCUCUCCUCCUCCUCCUUCUUGGUGUCUUCUUGCUUCUUGUCCUUACCCUUCUGCAUUCCAUUCCAAACCAAAAUCAUGCCUUUCCCAUCCUUUUUGGGUCAUCACGGUGACAGCAUCCUUCCUAGGCUUUCCAAGUCAAGACACCUCUUAUAUUUGCAGGCCACCAUGGAGGCUGAGGACCUGCGCCUGGCCCUGGAGCGGCAGCGGGAUGAGAAUCGGGAGCUGGUGGAGACACUCCUGCAGCUGGAGAAGGAGCACGGGCAGCUCCAGAGGGACCAGAGCCAGCUCAAGGAGGAAGUGGCUAGGCUGCAGCACACCCAGACAAUGUCAGAGGAGCCCGAUGGGAUCCUGGAGGAGCUCAGCGCCCUUCAGACCAGCCUGGCUGAGAGGGAGCAGGAGAUCAAAGUCCUUAAGCAGCAGAGGCAGUGUCUUGAGGCUGAGAAGCAAGAGCUGAGAUGCUCCAUCCAGGAGCUGAUGACAGAGAACCUGGGUCUGACCAAAGGCAAUUUCCGGACCCACCAGCAGCUUUUGGAAGCAGAACGAGCCCUCAAGCAGCUGAAGGUCGACCUGCAACAAGCCAAGGAUGAACGGGACAAGAGGGAGAAGGACCUGUAUAAGGAGCAGCACCGGUCAGCUGAACUGGAGGAGAUCCUUCGGGAGCAUGCAGAGAUCAAGGAGGUUCUGCAGGGCAAGAUCAACCAACUGCAGGAUGAGCUGGAGGACUCUGAGCAGCAGAAGGCACUACAAAAGCAGGAGCAGGAUGACCAGCUCUCCGGGUCACUGCUACGUGAGAUUGUGGAGGCCAACCUGGAGAACAAGCUGGUAUCUAAGAGACGUGGCAUCACCUACUGGUUGUGGAAGAUGGCUUCGCUCUGGGUCUGGCUGCAGCUAUUGGCUGGGUCUCUGGGAGCAGCAACUUUGCUCUACACUUACUGUUGGGACAGGAAGUUGCUCUCCCAGGUGCUGGUGGGGGAAGCGGGUUUUGAGGAGCUCAGCGCUCGCCUCAAGGCCCUCAUGAUAUUGCCCCACCAAGGGCUCCCACCCUUCUGAGCCUCAGAUGCCUGGGUUCCUUCCCCUCCCUUUGUGUGCAUGAGCCCCUCAUCCUGGGACAGCAGCAAUGGGUGAAUCCGGAGUGACACCGAAUUGUAUCUGAAGGACCACCAUCUCCCAUGCUGGCUGAAUCAGCCAUCUUCUGUGAUCCUCUCUGGUGGAUAACCCUUCUGGGUUGUGCAUUGGGGUCUAUGUAUCAUAGACAUGGGGCUCAGGGUCUUCCCAGGCAAGAGGCAGAAGAAGGUGGCUCUGAAUUCACUGAAUAUUGUCUAAGGUCUUCUCUACAGGGGUGCGGGGUGGGGGCAUUAAUCUGGAUUGACCCCACAAGUGGAUCUGUCUGGAGUUCCUGGCAUCAACUAGAGCUUGAAUUUAGCUCAGGGAAGGGGCAUGGGGCAGGAAGGAUUCCAGCCUUGGACAUAGUGGGAAGGUUGUUGUUGGAGUCUGAUACCUCUCUGUGUCCUUCAGAGCCUUGUAAUGACUGUGGAAAUCAAGUGGUGUUGGGGCUUGAUCUGUAGGGGAGAGGGGUCUGUACAGUUUCCAACACCCCCUGAUCCCAGCUGGGAGGGGGUGUGUGUACAGUGCCUGGCACCCCCUAGUCCUAGCCUGGAGGGUCUGUACCACUUCUGGAACCCUCCCAAUCCUAGCCUGGGGGGUAUAUACAGUGCCCAGUGCUCCCCAGUCUCAGCCUUUUGGGGGGUAAGUCACUUUGAGAUGGUACAGGGCUGGUCUUCUCUGGUCUCUGGGUAUCCUGAGGGGAUAGGGUGCUUGUUAGGGAUUGCUACCCUAUUUAUUUGUAUACCACGUCUUUUUUUCUUCUGAAAAUUAGCCGUCAAAACCUGGGAUGUGUCUUAAAUGAGGGAACUUGUUUCUGAAUCAUUUAGUUAAAGGGAAAGGUCUUUUGUUCUUCUUUCUACUGGCCCCAAAACAAAGUGUGUAUCUUAUUUGGGAGGGCAUUUGGUACACAGGGAAGUAAGGUAAUUGGUUUAUCCAGUGGGAGAGGGUCUCUGUGAUGAACCCAAGUGUAUACAGUAGGACCCUCCUGGACUAUAGUACCCUAUUUAGUGAUGUACAAUAUACCCACCAAUUUGGCACCACAGUACUGUUUUUUAUAUGCCUGUACAUUCCCCCAGUUACACACCACCAUCCCUGCUCUAACACAGGGGUAUUUGCUUAGUCCAGCUCCCAGCCUGAGGAAAGACAUGGCUGGUAGCAUAACUAGGUAUGAGCGAGGGGGAGAAGACAGGGAGCUACUUCUGGUUCAUGGGGCCCCUGACAGGUCAGGGCAUUUGGGGGCUAGGAGAGGCAGGUCUUCCUGUUGAAUCUGGGACUAUGCGAUAUCUGUCAGUGGCAGAGGGAUGAACCAAAUAGGUCUGAAUCUGACCUGAAUUCAACUUCUGCUGUCUCUGGGCUGUUACUUCUUGAACAUCAUUGGUGUCCAAAUACAAGAAGAAAAAAGGGAGAGAAAAGGGGAAUUUUGGAUUAAAACUAUAUCUAUUUUUUCUGUGUGUGCAAAUCUGUGUAUUUCCAAGCCUCAGAUGUAUGAAUAAGCCGUGAAAUGAUGGAGAAAGAUCUCCCCACCCCGGGAAAGUUCAGGGAGCUGCCAGCCAAUUUCAUGAGCUGUGUUUAGCAGUGGGAAGGGACCUCCUGAAUUAAAUGCAAAGCAAUCCUUCCAUUAAGGGCUAAUGCUAAUGGAAACCUGGCUUUACUAGAGAAUCAUGUAAGAGCAAGGAAAUGGGGACUAUGCCUUUAAGUUGAGCAUCUGGGUGGCUGGAAAGGGCAGGGUUUGGUGGAGGAUAUGAGCCCGGCCGCAGAGGCAGAACAGGGAGCAGUCUGAUCCAGGUGGAGUAUAAGACCAACACUGCAGUCAAGCCGUUGUCUAACC